GCCCUUGGUGACGAGUAAGAAUUCAAAUCCCGAACGAUGAAUCUCGAAGCUAUACUGAGGAUCGCGAGUCCGCACUUUCUCAAUCUGUGUGAACGGAUUUUCACGUACGGGCCUCAGGGUAAGCUGUUGCUGAGGAAUCUGGAGGAACAUUGGUACACGCAUUGCGUCACGAUGCCACGUUACAAUGUCUUCCCCUGCGACACGAUUGCAGACACGCUACAGCUGUUGCGGAGCAGUUCAAUGGACAGUGCGCCAUUCGCGCUCGCCGUGAUCGCGACGUCGAGAAGCGCAUGGAACGAGCCGCUAUUGCCGGCUGGUAGAGUAUCCUCUCAUAAAAUCGCCAAGGUCAACGUGAUCGUCGACGCGUCGGAAUCGAAGAGUCUGCUGCAGAGGAAACAGAGGGAACGCAAGGUAUGGUGGCGUAAACUCGUGCAGAGUCCCUCAAGAUUUGUGCUCGCCGAGGCAAAGAAGGCGAAAGGUUUCGACGUGACGGAGAUAGAGGCGCAGUUUCCCUUUGGAAAUAUCACUGUUGAGACUAUCACUCAUUAUCCUGGCAUGCGCAAAUUGUUUCCUCAGACUGAAAAUAGUAAAGAUAAUGUCGCAGAUGUGCAUAUAGUUGAACAUGUCACUUCCUUGGAUUGGGGCUGCCUGGCAUUACUCUGCGACAGUUACAUGUCAAAUAAAUCAACUAGAGCGUACAUUCAUCCCAAGUUAUCUCCAUACAAAACCGUGUUUCGUAUAGUGAAACGGGAGGAUGACGCCGACGCGGAUGCAGAAGACUUGAAUCGGUUUGUGCUUUAUCUAAACAAUAUGCUUAGGACAAGGGGAAUUUCUACUGUAUUGACAGACGUGGAAGAAAUUGUGGAAAUGUGCCUGAUACCAUUCAUCGUGUCAGUAGAUGGGACUAGUCUCAAAAAUGGCAUUGUACACGUAAAAAAUCGCUCGACGACCCUCGAAGAGGCGGUUCAUGUUACCGAUUUGGUACAGUAUAUUACUCUGCGUACUUGUUGACAAUGGCACCGUUCACACGCUUGUGGAUCUCUUGAUGAAUGUUUACACAAGAUAUUGUUACCACUAUUACGUUUAAUUAUAGCUACAUUUAUUAGUGAAAAUUACAACGACAUAGACUGUAAAUAUAAAUGAAAGUCUUCUAA